AUGGCACCCGCUCUUGGGUCGCGCGCCACCUUGUCUGCGCCCAACCUUCCUGCUGCCUCGUCGUUUGACGAGCGCCAGAAGCGGCCCGUCUUCGCUGCCAUGCUGGUUGGUAGCCGGGUGUUUGCCCUCUCCGCGUACAACGUUGGUACGGACACAUGUCUCGUCUUCGUCAUCGUGGACAAGCGGCCUGCGAUGGCUGCGGCCGCAUCAUGGGCGCAGAGGCUAGUAAUUGGUGGCGGGAACGGUGAUCGUGUUGGCAAGCUGCAAGAUGCAGUGGCCGAUUCGCGCGUGAGGGGGGGAGCGAGGAGGCAGUCGCCGACCACGACCAGAACAAACCCCAUGGCUCCUUCCGCCAACACCAAUCCUCCUCCACGGAGCCAACCCAAGUGCUACGAAGGAAGGUACCCGGCCUGCAUCAGCACCCCAGACUAAAAUUGACCAAAAUUUGCAGCCGGGUUUAGCUCCGGAGCGGGCCAUGACUGACCGGUCAUGGGCUGGCGAUCUGCAUGGGCAAGCAUUUCCAAGUUGUCUUGUCCCGCCUCAAGUUUGUUUGUCUCGAGUACCCUUGGUCGCGUGAGCCGCGUGGCCCGAGGACAAGUACAAGUACCUUUUCCGAACAUGACGAUGGCUCGGUGGAAUCACGCCCGGGGGAGAGGUUGAGAAUUUCCUGCUCAAACGCACUGCACUGGGAACUGCCCAAGUUGUUACCGAGUAAUAAAUACCUACGGCCGCUUGACACCCGUCUCCUCUAGUCCUCC